GCCAGUUUUAGGAUCACAGGGGUCAGCUUCUCGUCCGUUUGGUUAGUUGGCCUGGGUGGGCGUAACCUGACCCCAGUCAGCCAUGCGUGCAGUUGUUGUUUACUGUUCACCAAAAACAGCUGAUCCACUGGGAAAAGGAAUUCAUUAACGAAAGCUUGCUACAAUGCUAUGCUACAGUUGUUAGUUUGUCUUUAUUUUCACUUUCAGAACUUUGUUGUUUAGCAACGACUGUCAAACUCUGAAGUCAAAGUCCAACUUUUGUUUAAACAAAAACUAAAGUUAAACAAUCAGACAGCAUUAUAAUAUUAUUACCGCACCACAGCACCGGCACCAGCAAUUCCAAUGGCCAUGAUGGAUGCAGCACUGCCAGUUGAUGACAAACAACAACAGCAGAUGAUGACACCAGACUGCCACAGUGAUUAUGUGCUAGUUCCGCUCGCCGAGGUACAGUCAUUCGUAGAGAGGUGCAUCCUGGCAGUGGGCGCUAAACCAAGCCAUGCUAAAGACCUGGCGACGCUAAUUGCCUGUGCGGACCACCGGGGACACUUAAGCCAUGGACUGAACAGACUUCGGAUGUAUGUUCAAGAUAUCAGGAGUGGAACCAAUUCUAAAGACGGGGAACCAGUGAUCUUGAAAGAAAAGGCGGGUACAGCAUGGGUGGAUGGCAACAACGUUCUUGGACCUGUCGUUGGGACAUUCUGCACGGAUCUAGCGAUCAAGAAAGCAAAGGAGUCUGGGAUUGGAAUAGUUGUGGCAAAAGGUUCCAACCACUACUGCAUAGCUGGAUGGUACGCCAUGCGAUGCGCAGAUGCUGGACUAGUGGGCAUGUCUUUCACUAACACAUCCCCUGUGGUCGUCCCAACAAGAGCAAGAAAGCCUCUUAUAGGUACAAAUCCAAUAUCCAUGGCUGCCCCAGCGGAAAGAGGCGACAGUUUUGUUCUUGAUAUGGCGACGUCCACUGUGGCGUUUGGGAAGGUGCAACUCAACAGCAUGAAGAAAGAACCCAUUCCCAAAGGGUGGGGAACGGACUCGACGGGAAAAGUGACUACUGUUCCUGAGGAUGUGCUUACAAGCGGGGGAUUGAUGCCUCUUGGUGGGCAAGAAGCUAGCGGAGGGUACAAGGGUUAUGGGCUGAGCAUGAUGGUGGAGAUGUUGUGUGGUGUUUUUGCAGGCGCAGCUUUUGGACCCUUUGUCAGACAUUGGAGUGCGAAAGAUGCUGUAGCUAAUUUGGGCCAGUGUUUUAUAGCCAUCAAUACGGAGGCUUUUGCUCCAGGUUUCACAGGAAGAAUGACCACCCUAAUGGAUGAAUGCAGAAAUAGUGAACCUGCAGAAGGGGAGACGGAAGUCCUUGUUGCAGGCGACCCAGAAAGGAAACACAUGAAGAAAGUUGAUGCAGACGGGGGAGUGCUCUACCAUCGUAACCUCAUCCAGGAAAUGGACUCUUUGGCGAAAGAUCUUGGUAUUGAAGCGAUGAAAUCGAAAGAACUAUGAUCCAAAUCCAGGAAAAUAUAAGCAACUUUUCAGCAUUGUGUUUCAUGGUAAAAUAAUGCAGAGGGCGUUGUUGUUUAAACAACGAUUUUGUUGGUGUUUGUUAUAUUAAUUGAAUGUUUAUAAAAAGGGGCGGGUGGAAAGUAGACCAUUAAAUAUUUUCCCGUUGCAACACCCUGUUGUUCAUUAAGUUGUAGCAAACUGCUUACCAACCCAAAGAACCUAUGGUGAAGACGAUGUGACCUCUGACGUCACACGAAAGCCAUAACAUGAUUCGCGCGCAUACUGCCAGGCAUAACCCUAGUGUUUGGCAGCCAGCUAGAAAGUGUAUGCAAUCUUACCAUGACUACGUGUCUUUUUGCCUGGCGAAACAUGACGUUUA